GGCCAACGCACCAUUAUUACAUCAAGCCGAUUUCAUUUCUUUGACUUUAUCCUUCUUUACCUACCCCCUCUUCAAUAUGAGCUUCUUCCCAAAAGAUAUAUUCUCUGUAGCCGCCGCAGGCUACUUAACAAUGCUUGCCGUUCCUCAACUUGCCUUCCCGGAAAUGGCACUAGGAACUUGGGGACCAGACGCACGAUCUGAAUCACAGUCUGCCACCGAAGAAGUCCUUGCAAGGACUGUCGGAGUCUGCCAGCUUACCCUAGCACUUAUUCUUCUCGUUAGCACUGGAACAUUACCCGUUACCAAAGAUGGCCGUAAGCCGGCAACACAAAAACCAGUCAUGGUGAUUGCCUCCAUUUAUUUUGCUAUCCAAGCUGCCUUCGCAAUGACCACAGCAAGCAACCCACCGUUGGGCGGAAAAGGCCACCAAUUUACUGCAACCGCGUUAAUUAAUGGUGGUAUCGCUAUGUUUGGUUUUGCUAGUCUCUUGUUUAACACUGACCAGCAUAAGCUCAACGAGAAUGCAGAUCGUAGUAAGCCUUCUGUUGGAGGAUAUCCUUUCAAGAGCGUUGAAAGUGAAAAAUCAAAGUGAAUGACAUGAUUACUCGAUAAUAUUGUUGUAAUAUGAAUAGUGUUAUAUGAAGUCGGAGCAGCGUCUGAGCGCUGCAGCUUCUCACAAUAAAAUUCGCAUCUUCUAUCAAAAUUA